AGCGCACACGCGCAUUCUACAUUCUUACCAUCUCUUCACUCACCCACUCUGACUGACUCCCUCUCUCCCUCCAUGUCUCCCUCUCUCCAUCUUUCACGCACGCACACACGCGCGCAUAGACACACAUGCACAGGCGGACCCCCCUCUCUCACACAGGAGUAGAUAGAGAGCGGGGAAGAGCAGAAGGAGCUGGGCGGCAGGAGAGAGGCAGGAGGGCGGUUGUCGACUGAACAAAGCCAGGAAAGGAGCGCGCAUUCCCGGGGAGAAGAGCAGCUGUGAGAUGCCUGGAAGGGAACCUGCCAGCAACUCCUGCAGAGACCCGAAGAUGUUGAGCUUCAGCUGAGGAUGGCGGGAGAUUCUCAAAUCCUCAUGGACCACAACAUGGAGAUAGGAGUCACGCCUGCACAGGUGAGGAAACUCCCUAAACACAUGCGGGAGGCUCAGAUCUCGACUGAGCGAACCCACCUGAUUUCCGACCCGGCCAAGAAGCCACGUCAACGAUACGUGCAGAAGGACGGCAAGUGCAACGUUCAUCACGGAAACGUGCAAGAGACCUACCGAUACCUCAGUGACUUGUUCACGACGCUGGUGGACCUACGCUGGCGUCUUAGUCUCUUCAUUUUCACCUUGGUCUAUAUAGUCAACUGGCUUUUCUUCGGCUUUCUGUGGUGGCUGAUCGCGCUCAUCCGUGGGGAUCUGGUGCACGCUGAUGAGGAGGGCUGGACCCCCUGUGUGGAGAACCUCAACAGCUUUGUCUCCGCCUUCCUCUUCUCCAUCGAAACAGAGACCACCAUAGGGUACGGUUAUCGCGUAAUCACGGAGAAGUGCCCCGAGGGUAUCAUUCUGCUUUUGGUGCAGGCCAUCUUGGGUUCCAUCGUCAACGCCAUGAUGGUGGGCUGCAUGUUCGUGAAGAUCUCACAGCCAAAGAACCGCGCCGAGACCCUCAUGUUCUCGCACAAUGCUGUCAUAUCGGUGCGAGACAACAAGUUGUGCCUGAUGUUUCGUGUGGGGGACCUGAGGAACUCUCACAUCGUGGAAGCGUCGAUCCGAGCGAAGCUGAUCCGCUCGCAGCAGACCAAAGAGGGGGAGUUCAUCCCGCUCAACCAGACUGACAUCAACAUCGGCUUUGACACGGGAGACGACCGGCUUUUCCUGGUGUCGCCCCUGAUCAUCUCUCACGAGAUCAACGAGAGGAGUCCCUUCUGGGAGAUGACUCUGAUGCAAAUGGAGAAGGAGGAGUUCGAGAUUGUGGUUAUCCUUGAGGGCAUGGUCGAAGCCACAGGGAUGACGUGCCAGGCCCGGAGCUCCUACCUGGACACGGAGGUGCUGUGGGGCUACCGCUUCACACCGGUCCUGUCCCUCGAGAAGGGCUUCUACGAGGUCGACUACAACAACUUCCACGACAUCUACGAGACCAACACCCCCAGCUGCAGCGCCAGGGAGCUCGCCGCCAAGCUCCGGGACGGCCCGCUGCUGCCUCAGCUGUCGCUCCUCAGCCCCGACCCCAAAACGCACAGUACUUUUGACCGCCUCUCCGACCGGGACCCGCUCAGCCCAGACGAGGACAAGGAGGAGAGAAAUUCAGGGGGCGGCGAGACCAACGGCUCGGCCGCCGCUCUGGAGGACCCGCCCCUCGCCGACGGACUGCCCGACUGAUGGAAGCGGCGGCCCGAUCGGCCUGGAGCUCCCAGGAGAGCCUGAGGCCAUGAGGACAGGACAAUGUAACGCUUCAUUUAGUCAACGGCCAGCUUGUUCCAUCGCAUCGCCCCGGGGACACAAGACGCGCGUCUCCGGCCCCCGACUCGUGCAAUGCUCCUCUACUAGAGCGUCAAUCUAUAGCGUAGAUGGGUUUUGUAGAUACGUAAGUACGCAUACACAGACACACGUACGGCAUCUAUAGCCACACUAAAAGGCUGGUGGUCGGAUUGUCUUUUUAUAAUCGGGGAGGACCUCUUACUGCUGGAACAGCUGUAAGUUGCAUAAAGGUGAAGCUCAAACCGGCAGCCAUGGCAGAGCGCCGGGGGCUUAUGAGGGGGGCCCCAGUACUCUCAUUUAAGAGUGUUUUGAUUCAGCUUCAUUUAAACGGAAUCACUCGCACAACACAGCAGCUUCUGAGUGAUAAUGGAACCUUGUUAUUGACGGUUUUUGUUUUGUUUCUUUUUCUCUGGCCCUGUUGUUACUAUUCUGUGUUUCUGAAACCGAAUUCACCCAAGCAGGAAUUACAUAAUGCUUCUAAUUGACAAAGGCGAGAGAGAGUCUGUUCUCUGAACAGCAAUGUUAUCAUUUGUUCACACUUUCUUUGUGGUUGUACUCUGGUGGGUCGCCUCACUGAGUGUCUCCCCAACACACCGGGUGGCCUGACCUAAAAUAAACCAGCGAGUACCUCAUUUCAUACAGUCACCACAAGUCAAAUGCUGUUAAAAGGUUUUGUUUUGUAAACUUUUUGACUGGUUUAAAGGUGUAAUUCUAUUUCAGCAACUACAACAUUAAUUCCAAACCCUUCUCUUGGGAACAGAAAGCACAAUCGCCCACGAGGUGACACACUGACCCCCGACCGCGCAGCCAGCGACGCGCUACCGGCUAAUGCACGUCGGUCCUCCUGCAGAGAGGCAGUACAUCAAAUGUAGGUUCAAAUAUUUACAUGGAUGAUUUACUUGAAACAUUUUUGAUUUCUACACAGCGCACACAUUCAUAUUUCACGUGCUCCACAAGCAGAACAGAAUCGUUUUGUUUUAAUUAUUUAAAAGAUAUUCCAACCACUGAGUCCAGUGAAGAUAGAAGCAGGUUUUCUGUCUAAUCUCACAGCUGGCCAAAAAUUUGCCUUUUUUCCAAUUACUUCCUCUGAACCGUUCAGACGCUAUGAUUUGAACCCUCGUUUGCCCUCUCGGUUCCGUUUGCUCUCUGGCCCCCGUCCCACAACCCGCCGCUGGGCCUUUUGCUCUGCGGCCAUUGUGACGGGUGUUCUGGAAGCCGACCCGUGUGUCCUGUUGGGAGCCACGGUAGAUCUGACACGUGUCAGAGCUCGCAUGCACGCAUCGACCCCUCCGCGUCCCAUCGCCGAGUACAUUUCAUACAGAAACACAGGGUAUUUUCUAGGCAUGCAAAUUAUGAGAUUUAUACAAUAUAUUAUCAGAUAGUGUAUUACUAUUCAACUAUCAUUUGUCGAAGGAUAAAUUCCUGAUACUAAGAUCAAUUCCCUAAUUCUCUGUUAUUACGUUUUUGGGUUGUUUUUUUUCACAGAGGCUUGUCCAAUUAAUGUAUUUAUUUGAACUGUGACUUUGCAGCAUCUUACUAUGUAUUACAUUUUAAACGAUACAUUUGCCAUCAGCAGGAGAUCAUCUUUCUUUGCUGUCAUCUGUUGUCUCUGUGUUCUCAUGGGAAUAAACAUAAUAUGGUCGAAAGAACAAAAUGUUCCUGUUGGAUGAUGUGUGCAUGCACGGGCACGGACUGCUUGCGAGUGUGUAGUUAUUUUGCACGUAACUUUGCAACUGAGGAUUGGAGAGUUUCGGUUGCCACGCGUGACACGUUAUCAGCUGCACUGUGACAAAACACAGAUUUAUAGCCGCGGAUCUGUGUUAAGCAACUGUGUCUGCAGCACAAAAAGCUGAAAACUGGAUUAGGUGCGUAUCAAAUCAAGAAAAAGAGACUUAACCGACCUUUUAAUUAUCGGCACAAAACAAUCUUGUCUUGUACCGGACCUCGGGGGGGGGCGAUCUGCUUAAUGCAAUGCUAGAGAACAAAUAUAACGGAUAACAUCAAGAACUUUGUCGCAGCCUUUUCCCUGUUUAAAUUUGAAUUUCUUAAUCGAAAUGAUGCACCCAGUAAAGCGUGGACGUGUAUCAGUGGCAACCUCAACCCACUCUGUUGUAAAUUGUUGCCUCGGCCUCAAAAGACAAAUGACCAAGAGUUUGUCUUGGAUUGCAUAAUUGCGGCUGUGGGGUCCUCGGGACCUUAACGGCAUCCCCGAGUCGGCUUUGUGUGUUGGAAGACUGCAAUUACACACACACGCACAACCACAGGAAGACACAAUCCCAGCCGGCAGACUGAUUAAGAAGGCCGGCGCAGCUAAUGACCAGUGACAGAGGAAACAGAGCCCAAGUCAAUGGCGUAAUCGUGUUUAUUCAGCGUCUACAGAGCGCAACCCGUCAUAAAAUGAAACUUGAUGUUACAUUUGGUGUGCGGUGUGUCAUAGAAAUUCACUGAAUCACAGCAACGGGCUGUCAGGGCUAUUCUUGUCCGAACUAUUACAUUUAGGGGCUAGAUCGUCAGCAAGCUGACAGCCCCUGAUUCAAAUCUGAAUAAUGUAGGAUGGAGAACAUGAUGCGCCAUUGAAUGGUGCAUUGAAAUAAGUACUCAGAGCAGGUGCAUGUUGGUGAGCAGGGGGUGUUUGUGUGGGGAAGUGUCGGGGGGGGGGCGGCGUAAUUAAUAAUCAAAAACCAAAAGCGCACGUUGAACACACAACAAAAAGCAAAUGUAUCCAUUUAUACAUGUAGGUUUGACGUGACUUUUUCACAAUGAAAAAAUUAUGAAAGGAGAAGAACAAAGAAAGAUAAAAUGACUAAAGCUGAUGGAUGGCUCCGCACCAACAGAGUAACUAGCUAUUAUCCUUUCUCUCUCCAUAGCUAGCUGAUGCUCUUCCCUUCUCUUUUAAAAUAAUGCAUGCUGGAGACAAAGAAAGGAAGCAUAUAGGCCAUUAACAACUGUGUAGUCAGAACAAAACAUCCUGCACAGUUAUGGGCGGAGUGAAACAAAGGAAGCGGGAGGAAUUUCGCUCCGAUGCAACAAACUGGUGUAACCUCAUCCCACCUUCUUGCUCCAUCCGUUAUCUCCUUAUUCUGCAUAAAAAAACGGAAGGGAAACACACAUAGACACACGCAACAGUGUUUUCCACGUUUAUCAUUGAGAGCCUGCUGAUUUUUCAUUUCCACCCUUCAGAGAAACAUUAAGCUACCAAACCCAAUUGUUCCUCCUGAAGCAACUGUGACUCCCGUCUGCAAUUAUAUCUUAUUAAGCAUUCAAAUAUCCUCUUACGUACUGUAAUGUCUUCACUCCCUUAACAGCUCCCACUGCUAUAAGAAGGAUGUACGCGAGUGCUUCAUGUCAUUUGCUUGUGUCCUCUUAUUCGUGCUUUGCAGUCACCCCUCCAUGUGUGCGAUGCACAGGCUGAAACCUCUUUUGCACAUAAGUCUGCACGUGCAGCCGUCUGUUGCACGUGCAGAGCGAGCGGGUUGGAAUCUUGCUCUUCUCGCGCUUUCGAUCGGCAGAAAAGCUGCAAGCCUUCCGGCAUCCAGCAGCGACCAUGUUAUGAAACAUUAUGUAACACAGCUUCACACAGAGCAGGCGAUCCGAUCCCUAGAAGUCGACGUAGCUCAGUCUGCUGCUUUGUUCGGUCGGUGGAAACCGUUUUUUUAGGUAAAUGCAGAUUUUUUGCCGGCGAGCAUUUUCAGAAAUCGCUGAAAUUCGGUCAAAAAAAACAAUACCCCCAUAAGGGAGCCGCUCAUCCAUCCAAAGCGUGGCUGAGUAGAAACUUAAGCACUGCGAGGCUCGUCCCUUUCGUACCGUAUGAGAGGAGCUUGAUAGAGAAUCUCUUUCUAGUGUUUCCACAGUUUGCACAGACACCGAGGGAGAAACCUUUGCCUUUUCCCGGCCAGGAGACGGAGGUCUGCCCUUUCAUGUGUUUGGCCGAUGGCAGCCUUUGAUGAGGGUCUCUAUGGCCCCCGAGUGGCUGUGGCUUCAAAUUAAGCUGGUCGGGCUUCUCCCGCUGAGAAGCACUGGCAGGGAACACCGAGAGCUCAACAAUAGUGUCACAUCGCCUUCCUGUUUAUUCCUCUUUUGCACUUUUGCGAAGAAUGCUUUUGCUUUCCUGUCUUUCAGAAUCUGCAGCCAUUUGUUGCCACGUGUGUCACGUGCACAGGAAUUCGUCUUGGUCGUGGUUUUGCAGUCAAUAACGUCUCCUUUCAUUUCAGAAACCUGCCAUUCUCACACACCCUGUAGCUGCCCGCACCGUGUUCCCCAUUCCCUCAUUAGCACCCCUGCACAUAGGCCAGCCUUGUCUCCCAUAGUCAUUAGCCAGAUAAUUGAAUGUAUGUAAUGUUCCGGCCUUGGUUCCUGACCAAUUUGUCUCACCUGCCUCUUGCCUGCUUGAUUCAUUGUUGCAGAUACUUGCUUAUCUGUUGCCAAACUCUGCCUUGAUCUCCAAGUAAAAGAUUGAUGCUUCAAA